AUAAUACUUAAUAGUGACAGCUGAAAGGCCAUGGAGUGUGCUUGCGAAUUUUUUUUCCGCACUUUAGAUUAUGAUUGUGUAUGAAGUGCCGCAAUAAUUUAAUUUGAAACUUUAUUUCUAAUCCCAUUUUUUUCUUAUUUUGUGUCAUAAAAUUAUAAUUAUUUUCGUGUAAAACAUUUUGUAAUACUAUUUAAUAUAUUGUAGAUAAUUUUACAAUUAAUAAAAUGAAUUUAAGUGUAAAUUUCAUUGAUAUAUUAAAGCCGCGUAAUACACAAUUCGGAAUAAUAAAAUUUAUGAGCAGAUCAUGGGAACCGACCAAGACAUUACAUUUUGAAAAACCUUGUUCACCGCAAGACUUAAAAAAUGUGGUCGCGAACUCUGUCUAUAUUGAUGCAAUUAUAGAAGCGGAAAGUAAUGAAAGUGGUGUUUCUAAAGAGAAGUUGAAAAAGGAAAUAUGGGAAUAUUUAGAUGAAAUGGCAAUGGAUAAGAAAAUGCAUGUGGUAAGGUGGAUGGGGGUCGUGUUCCUGAAGAUCUGCUUUAUGAUGAAAAUAGGAGUAUUUGUAAAUGAAUCAGCUGUAUUAAAGUUAAAAUCAACAAUGGGAAUGAAUCCAGUACUGUUUCUGCCCACUCAUAGGAGUUAUGCAGAUUUUUGUCUCAUGACAUACCUUUGCUACCAUUAUGAUAUUGAUCUUCCUGCCGUUGCUGCGGGCAUGGAUUUCGCGUCAAUGGCGGUUGUUGGACAAAGCAUGCGUGAAACUGGAGCUUUUUAUAUUCGCCGUACCUUGGCGGGCGCUCCGCUGUACGCGGCCGCUUUGCGACGAUACGUGCGAGCCUUGGUGGCAUCAUAUCACGCGCCUGUAGAAUUUUUUCUAGAAGGUACCAGAAGUAGAAGCAAUAAGAGCCUUCCGCCCAAGUAUGGUAUGUUGUCUAUGUCUCUGGCGCCGUACUUCAGUCGCGAGUGUACCGAUGUGACGCUGGUGCCGGUCAACAUCAGCUACGACCGCAUUAUGGAGCAGAAGUUGUUCGCGUACGAACAUCUGGGAGUGCCAAAGCCUAAGGAAUCCACUGGAGGACUGAUCAAAUCAUUGCACAAGCUGAACGACCACUACGGUAAUAUAUACGUGAACGUCGGCGAACCGAUAUCUUUAAAGGAAUAUUUGGGAGACCAGGACGGAUUGACCAAAGAGAUGUUGAAACCGACGGAACUUCAGCAGAUUACCAAGGAACAGAUGACGAGGAUACAGGAUGUGGCCAACUAUGUGAUCACACAGCAGCAGAAGUGCACGGUUGUGACCAUUUCCAAUUUAGUGGCCGUUGUGUUGAUGGAGAGCUUGGUAAGGAACGAACCUCUGGAGCUGGCCCAGGUGUUGGUCAAACUGGACUGGCUGAUCCAGGUGUUGAGAAACCUGGGUGCUACUGUAUUCGAAAACGAUCUCAAGAAUAACAUGGAGAGGAUAUUAGUGGUUCACAAGAAUUUGAUAAGAAUCGACAGAGAUAACAAGCUGAAACUCGUCUCCAGCGCUCUGAUGGACGUCAGUCCGGAUGUUCAGAACAAGAUGAAGGGUCAUCUCUUGAAGGCUGAAACGAUGGUGAAUGCUCUGCCCAUUAUAGAACUCCAGCUGUACAUGAACCCUGUGCUGCAUUACCUCCUACCACCGGCGCUUAUAUACCUCAUAGUAAGAAGACGACCUGUAUAUAGAGAGGAGCUGUUGGCUGAGUAUCGUCAAAUCCGGAGAUUAUUAAAAUACGAGUUCUUUUAUAUGGAGGAAUCGGAAGACAGAGUAUUUUCUUCAAGUGUUCAGUUCCUGGUGAAGGGCGAAGCCCUGCGUGAGGGCGCAGGCCUAUUGGAGGCGACUGCCCCGACCGCACUCGGAGACCUGCUACAGUCAGCGACACUCAGUUCGUUACACACCAUGAGGAUAUGUGCUGAACACAUGAUGAAGGUGGUGAAGUGUCCGGAGAGUCAGGCGCUGAAACGUGUCCAGGCUGUUGUAGAGGAGUCCCGGGCGCAUCCCUACUGCCUGAGUCUGGACGCUAUCUCUCGCUGUCUCAGAGGACUCGCUGACGAGGGAGCGCUCAUCAGGAGCAGAGGGAAACAAGUGACGUACGAGGUUGUCGGUAACAAAAUGGAGGAAUGCCAUCGAUUAGUGACGUCAAUUCUGCCAAAUAUUAACAUAGAAUGUGGCACAAACAACUCGGUUAUAUUGAACCAGGACACACCGAAAUCCAAACUGUAAAUUAGUCUUAUUAAUACAAUAAUAUAUUUUAAUCUAUUACUUUUAGUAUUCAAGGUUCUAGUAGUAAAGCAUUUUCUAAGUAUUUGUAUUGUAUACAUAGAUUAUUAUUUUAGCUAAUCAUAGACUAUAUAAUAUGCUGACUUGAUGUAUUGGGCAAGAUUGCUCCAUAGACAGUUUUUAAAGGGUAUAGAAUUUUAAUUAAUAUUUACAAGUAAGAUAUACCGUAAUUGUUCUGUAGGAUCACACAAAUUUAUUUAUUAUGGGAAUUAAUUAUAUGAUUAUUAAAAUACAAGCUGUGAUAAAUUCUGUUUGCCAUUUUCACGUUUUGUUAUGUAUGUAGUUAUGUGUUGAUUAGUUUAUAAGCUAAUAAAAUAGGAGAAUAUUA